GCUCGCUAGACGGGGGUGCGGAAGCUCGGGGACGAGGGGUAUCGGGGGCAGGGGGAGGAAAAUCCCCUCGCUUCUCGGGUGCGCGGCUCCUGGGACGCGGUGGGAAAAAUCCCCUUUCACGUUGUAUUCGUGAUUCCGGGAGAAGCUACGACCCACCUAAUCGAGAAAUAAGCAGACCGUUUGGGUGGGAUUUUGGAUUAUUUCCAUCCACAAUCGGAUUAUAAGCGAAUACAAACACCCCCAGAGUCGGAGAGAUGCGGGGAGUCGGAGGUCCGCUCCUCACCAUCGGAGAUCUCCUCAGCGACCUCGCCGUCGACGGCGGCGAUGAUCCCCUCGCCGCUGGCGGAGAUGCGUCCGUUCCCUCCUCUCCCUCGGCGGAACAACAGGCGGGGGAAGCCGACCCGUCCGACCUCAGCCGGCUCUUCGAGGUUAGGUCUUGGUUCCGUAUGGUUCUUGCUUUCCCGUUUCUGAUGAAGGCGCUCCAAGAGAACGAUCCUUCAUGGCCAUCGCUGAUGCUGAAGCUAUGCGCGGCGUUGAAGGCUGCAGAUAAGCUGGUGAGCUCAGCGAACAUGGAUGCUGAGCAGUUGAUGGAGAAGGUGAAGGUGCUGGAGGGCGUCCUCGAGAGAGGAGAUCGCGCGGUGGAACAGAUUGUAGAAAGUCUCCAGAGGUCAGGCCUCGCCAAGGAUCAUCGGAGUUCCCAAUCGAAAUCGGCUAGCAAGUAGUGGCAUAGUGGUGCGCUCCUGUAGGCCCGUGUUUGUCUUGCAAAUGUGGGCUCUUGUCACUGAUCGUGGGUAUUGAAAAGAGUUGUAUGUCGAUCUUUGAUCAUGAACUCCUGCAGUCUGCUUGUGCUUCAGCGCUGCUGGAAUCUUGAAAUGUGUUUGUGUCUUUAUCUCGAUAUACAUUAGCUUGGUUCCUGCUAGAUGUGUUCAGGUUUGGAAUCAAUUCAAAACUCUAAAGCAAAAACCUAUAAAAAUACCCGAUCAAGCAAGCUUUACGAAA